UACCUGGGUACCAGGUACCUUAUGUUCCUGUAGCUGACGUCAGACAAUCCAUCACCCACCAAGAAAGCAGCCACAGCCACAACAAGAUCCAUUUUUUGGAAUGCACGUCAACAAAGAUGUCAAGACACUUGUUUGUGCGACCGCCUUCCAGCAGCGGAAGGAAGGUUUGGUUGCGACAUCGGUUGGGCUCCAUUGCCUUUCUGCUACUGCUGUACCAUGACAUUACUGGCAGGUCGUCUGUGGCUGGUUUCCUACUCGUUCCAAUAAGGAAGGCCCCAAGCCACCAGGGACGGAUCAGCAACAGAUUUGCACCAUGUCGCAGGAGCUCAUGUAGUUUUUUACCAGUGGCUGCGAGUGACAAAGAUGUAUCUUCCUCUGUCAACGAGAAGAAGCUCCUUCUUCGAGACGAACUGAAAGAAGCCUUUGUCGACCAGAUUACCACUUCUAUCCAGGAGGGGACCUUUGUAUCACUGGUACUUCGUGGACCGAGCAGCAGCAGCAGCAGCAAGAAAAAGAACAACAAAGCGCAGCUAGUAGACGGUGAAGCCUUGCGAGGCUGUGUCAAACAAAUACAUGGCCGACGGAUUCAAUUGAAGGGACGGGAAUUCCUGCAAGUUACCUUCAAAUAUCAUAGCGCCACGGACAUUGCCAAGAAUUGGCCAUUGCAAGGCAGCAAAAGUGACCAUCGGAUGAUCCAUGAUGCUUUUCUGGAAAUACUGGAUCUUCGAGAUACCCCACUCAAUGGCGGCAACAGCAACAACAACAACUAUAUCCCUGCCUCGGAAUGGGGUGAUAAUGUGUUGGAAGACAGAGACCUUGCACACAUGUUGGGGAUUCAGCGGGGAAUUCUGACAACUUCCCAACACACUGUGGAGCUGGACGUAGGCUUUACUGCCAAGAAACCUCGACUCAAACGAGCCAAGUUGAAGGCACCCACCUCAGAUACCAAUAGUAAUGCUCCAUCGACUGCAGUGGUGGAAGAUCAUGAUCGAUCCAAACAAGUGCCGCUAAACAGCCAAUCCGCCUUUCUUCAAGCUUUGGGCGUAACCGAUACUCAGGGCAAGCCGAAGAGGGCCAUGGCUUCCAAAUUGCGACAAUGCCAAAAGUUUGUGGAAAUUGUCGGGAAUCUGGUAGAAAAGUGUUCUGGCGCCAACAAUCAGCAGCAGUCGGAUUGCGUUUCCGUACUGGAUAUGGGUUGCGGGCGUGGAUAUUUGACUUUUUCCUUACAUUCCUACCUGGUUUCCAAGUUUGGCAAGGAAACAGCCGUCAAAUCGAUUGGCAUUGAUAUGAGACCCAAACUGGUUCGUGAGGUCAAUGACAUUGCCCGAUCGCUGGGUUUGGACUUUGACGGACUGGUCUUUCAAGAAGGAUCGAUUGAAUCCAGCAUGGUGACAGCUGCGUCCAGCGAGAAUGACAACCACAACAACUCGCUUGACAUUUUGAUUGCGUUGCAUGCUUGCGAUACCGCAACAGAUGACGCUCUCUGGUGUGGUAUAUCCCGAGGCGCCAAUAUUAUCGUGGUGGCUCCCUGCUGUCACAAACAAGUGCGACCACAACUCGAUGCACUCCUGGCCCGUACCGAUAAUAAUAAAAAACAACCUCAUCCAUUGGCGGACAUUUUGCGACACAAUGUGUACCGCGAACGUCACGCCGAAACGGUGACGGAUUCUCUCCGUGCCCUGUUGUUGGAAGCGGCAGGAUACCAAGUGCAAGUGUUUGAGUUUAUUGGAGGCGAACACACGGCCAAGAAUGUCAUGAUUACAGCCAUUCGAAAACCAAACGUGCCAAGAAGGAAUACGACAGCUGAAAGCAGCAUUCUAAAUCGAAUCGACGAGUUGGCAUCCUUACACGGGAUAACCGAGCAAAAGUUGGCUCGGUGGAUGGGGCCAUCGUACUCGGGCAAGACGAGUCUAUUGCUGGGAUCGCAAACACUAGAGGGUUCAACAACCAACUUUCACCAGAAAAGAGUCCAAAAUGCCAAGAACAUGCCCCCACUGUGA